UCCACCGACUACUGCGCGUAGGUUGGACUGUAAGAAGAAUGCAAAAUGACAUUUUGUAAAUACAGGAGCAUCGUUCUUGAAUUACGCAUGGAUGGAAAAUGCAUCGUGUACUAUCAACUCGCGUGGUGACGCGCUGAAUCUCUGGGGGAAUAGAGGGUUUAUUGUAUAUUUAUGAUCAAAUAUCAACAGUGAGCGCGCUUGGCCACAUCAUGGGGCUGUGCUACAGUCUGCGUCCCCGUUUGUUUGGGGACCUCAGUGGAUCUAUUUCCAACGCCAACUCGGAGUCGGACCACCAGCCUCCGGAUGCAGGGAUGAUGAUGAUGCCGUCUUGCGUCCGGGGAUCGAGGCAGCACGAGGAGGAAUCCGGGGGGAACAACGGCAAGACAUCAUCCACCUCGCCUUUACGAACCGGAGACGCCGGUAAAAUCCCGGCCGGGGAGCUCCGCCGUGGAGACGCGGACAGAGCGCUUGUCCAGAACGGAGGUGGAGGUGGAGGUGGAGGCGGAAAGAGGAGGCUACAGGUGCUCCAGACGCCCAGCAGCGCCCAAAAGCAGAAGAACUGGGAUAAACUGGUGGUGGAGGAGAAGGAGGCCGAGAAGGAGGCCAAGAAAGUCAGUAAGAACAUUGACAGGGCCUUGAAGGAACUCAAGCGGGAAUAUAAACAGACUCAUCGUCUGCUGCUCUUAGGGGCUGGUGAGUCGGGAAAGAGCACUAUCGUUAAGCAGAUGAGAAUACUUCAUGUCAACGGGUUUAAUGCAGAAGAGAAAAAACAGAAAAUUCAAGACAUUCGUAAAAAUGUGAAAGACGCCAUUGUGACCAUAGUGUCGGCCAUGAGCACUUUAAUACCACCUGUCCCACUCGCUAAUCCAAAAGACCAGUUUAGGAUCGACUACAUCAAAAGCAUAGCUCCACUCUCUGACUUUGAUUACACACAGGAGUUUUUCGACCACGCGAAGAAGCUUUGGGACGAUGAAGGGGUUAAGGCGUGUUAUGAGCGGUCCAACGAGUAUCAACUAAUCGACUGUGCGCAUUAUUUUCUUGACCGUAUCGACGCAGUAAGACAAAGUGACUAUACUCCAACAGAUCAGGAUUUGCUUCGCUGCAGAGUGUUAACAUCAGGGAUUUUUGAAACACGAUUUCAAGUAGACAAAGUCAACUUUCAUAUGUUUGAUGUGGGAGGUCAGAGAGAUGAAAGGAGAAAAUGGAUUCAGUGUUUUAAUGACGUCACAGCGAUCAUCUUUGUAGUAGCGAGCAGCAGCUAUAACAUGGUCAUAAGGGAAGACAACAACACAAACAGGCUACGGGAAGCACUUGAUCUUUUUCGCAGUAUCUGGAACAACAGAUGGUUAAGGACGAUUUCUGUCAUAUUGUUCCUCAACAAACAGGACAUGCUGGCAGAGAAAGUAUUAGCUGGAAAAUCCAAAAUCGAAGAUUAUUUCCCUGAAUAUGCUCGUUACACCUUACCAGACAAAGUAACUCCAGAACCUGGAGAAGACCUCAGAGUGACAAGAGCCAAGUUUUUCAUUCGCGACGAGUUUCUGAGGAUCAGUACAGAAAGCGGAGAUGGCCGUCACUACUGUUACCCCCAUUUUACAUGUGCAGUGGACACAGAAAACAUCCGGCGGGUCUUCAACGACUGUCGAGACAUCAUCCAGAGAAUGCACCUGCGGCAGUACGAACUCUUGUGAUCUCACCUCGAAUAGCCGGUGACCAUGUGCUCCCUUUUUAUAAACCUGUCUCCAAACUCCCCCUGCCCUGUCCACACCCCGAAACGAGGCCAAAAACGCAGACGAAAGAUACUACUGACGUUUGGAAGACCACCCUUCUGUCUUUGUUCAUUUUUUUGUUAUGUCAUUAUUUGGGGCAGUUGGGUGGAUGACUAGGAGUGUCACUGGGUUUUUCCCCCCAUGUUUUUAUUUCAUGAAUUGGUUUUUGAUUGCCUUUUAAUUUUUGCCAUUCAAUGAAGCCUCUGGCUACCUCCUUAUGUUUUAUUAAAAUUAAAAUGAUCUGGUUGUGCAUAUAUGUGCUGGCAUCUGCCAGUUUAUGAAGAUUGCAUCACCUUGUGACCUCCAGGAGCCCUAGUCUCGCACCCGAACCUUGACCUUCUGACCUCUAGGGCUCUCUGCUGCUUUCUGUCUGAACACUGAAGAGCGCCCAUGGUGGGUUGGUGGGGAGGGGGGGUCUUGUCGUACACUGGGAAAAGGAGAACAAGACAACGGCGUGAAGUAAUGCACUUUUUCAUCAGGUUUUGAUUGACUUUUUUUGCUUUCUGAAGAUGGAUACACAAUGUAGCAUCACAUGAAUUUAUCUCCCAAUUAAGGAUGCGGGCGGGAUGAGAGGAGGAGGGUGGCUCCUCUUUAAUACAUAAGGGGGCGGAGCCUUCAUAAUGAGGAGGUGGGGCUCUUGGAACAUUAUUAGAGCCGCAGUCUGGCCACUUAAAGACAAAAGUCCUUCUCAACUGUCCACACACUUGUCUAUCGAGACCCCAUUUCUUAUUUUAGUUUCUUAACUUGUACAGACUGUGCAAGGGUUGUUUUGCUUUUCUGUACAGACUAUAAAAUGUUAUAUUAUUUUGUACAACUUUAUCGAAAGAGAGUAAAAAAUCUACUUGUAGAUCUUUGUGCCUUGAUUAUGGCUGUACCUGUAAAUGAAGCUGAGACAUAUGUUUUUGACUGCGCUGUACAGCUUGAUGUCACCCCUGUUGGCAGAAUGGACUGUGGAUGGGGACUUACUCUGUAGAGUUCCGUUUCUUUUCCGUUCGGUUAUUUGUUUGUUUAUCUGCUUUAUUAAUAUAAAAAGAAAAAAGUUCUUUGUUAAAAAAAAAAUAUAUAUAUAUAUAUAUAUAUAUAUAUAUAUAUAUAUAUAUAUAUAUAUAUAGCAACGAAAAAUCCUAAAGACCUGUAUACAUUAUGCAAAUUGACCCCUUACCUGAGGUUAUGAUGAGACAAAACGGCACCAUGCCUUUCUUCUUGUUUUCUGUUUAAUUUGAAUUCUCAGCUUUAAAAAACGAAAAUCAAAAAAAAGUUGAAGUGUCCAAAAUCACAACCUGGAGUUGUUUUCAAAGGAACCUUUUUGGAUAUGAAGUAUGGCUGCGAUUAUAUAUUCACGUUUGUGUCUGUGAGUGCGUGCGUGUACACGUACAGAUUACAAACAACAUUGAGCCACAGACGCAUGACAUUUGUAUGUGUUGUGUGUGUGAGUGCGUGUGUGCAGGAGUGCAUUGUGUGCACUCUUUUAUAAAUGUGCGUACAUGUAAAUUUAUAGGUCUAUAUAAAUAUAUAUGUACAAUUCUACAUGUUUAAUUAUGUGUGUGUGUGUGUUGGUGUAUACAUACCUUUGUAUGUAUACAGUGAAGAUGUGUACUUACACACGUAGGCAAGCAUGUCUGGAGUGAAAUGAAUAAAUGAGAGUGCAAUAUUGAAAGCAACUGUGUGUGUCCCACAAUUUUCACCUUACACAAAAAGCAGAUCUCUUCUAAUAAUCAUUAGAAAAUUGCUAGUAAAUUGAGAGAUUAUUAAUUGCUUCAAAAUCAGUAUUCUCAGUGAUAUCAGUUUAUAUUUGAACAAUUAAAAAAUGUAAACUGAUUUAUAGUACACAUGUUUCAAAUAUACUGUUUCAUAUAUCAACAACAUCAGGACUUCAAGUGCUGAUCUUUACCAAGACAUUCAUUUUAUUUAUAUUAAAUAAAGUUGUUUUUCCUAUUCAUCUGAA